UUUCACUCGGAGUGCUGGACCGAGUAGGCUACAGCCUGUGAGGUGUAUUUGUUUACACUAAAGUGAUUGAACAAUUUUUUGUUGGUAUAUCGAUAAAACAAUGGAGGAGACACCCAGGGAGCGAUCUGAUAAAGAGGAAAUGGAAAUACACACCCCUGCUUACCCCCUACCUCGAGAAAUACAGCAGAUGGAUCAAACAGAGAAGGCCUGCCGGUACUGUGGCGUGAGUUAUUUGAUCCUGCACGAGUUCCAGCGUCUGCAGGAACGUCUGCAGGAAGUGGAGAGAGAGCUGGAGAGAGCGAGAGGGAGUGUAGAGAGAGAGAGGGCUGUGAGAGUGGAGCUCCGGCAAGCCCUCGAUCAUCUGGAUGAGAUGAAAGCAGCGGUGCUUCAGCAGGAGGAUACCACAAGGGCCCUUGACCUGCAGCUGUGCGUGGUCAGGCAUGAGAUGGAGAGCGUGAGGACAGACAAAGAGAGAGUGUGUACGGAGCUGGAAAAUGAGCACGCUCGCCGCCUGCACCUGAGAUGGAGGUGUGAACAGCAGCAGCAGGUUCUCGAGGAAGCUUUGGCCCUGCUGAAGUCGUCUCAUGGGCAGAUGACGUCCAUUAAGAGCCGCUUUACACACUUCCAGGAGAACUGGGAGGACAGCAAAGCACUGAUACAGCAGAGUUGCAUCAUUGCUGACGCCGAGUGUAAGCACCAGCAACAGAAAGCCGAGGGUAUGGAGGCGGAGCUAAACAGGCUGCAGGGGGAGGUGCCAAAUUUGAUGACGUGUCUUGAUGCAGCACAAGAACAGAUUUUGCAUUUGGACAGCCAGGUCCAGGCCCAGAAGCUACUGCAGAAUGAAAACCAGGAGGCCUGGUCUCUCAUACAGGGCCUGAGGGAGGAGAUGAAGACACUGAAUGAAGAUCUCCAGAACAACAAGCAUGAACGAGAGAUUGUAAAGAAACUCCUUGUGACAAAGUCCGCCGAGAAGGAGGAACUCCAAGAGCUGUGGAGCAAACAGGCCAGGGACCAGAAAGCCGGCAUGGAGAGGCUGUCCCGAGACUUGAGGGAAAAAGAGGAGAGCCGGUUGUCAUGUCAACAGCGAUGCGAGUCCCUGCAGGAGCAGCUGUUGGCGUGGCAACAGAAAGAGGAGGAGAUGACCCGUAGGCUGGAGCAGGCGGAGGCCGAGCUGAAGGACCUGAGAGCGGCCCGAUCCAAUCUACAGCAGGAGAGGUUUGACACAAAGGAGUUGAGGAGGAUUCAUGCUGGAGAACUAGAGAGAUUGCAGGAGAGCUUCAGAACGAGACUGGAAGCUGCUGAACAAGAACGCAAUUCAAAGAUGGAGGCCUGUCUUGAGCAGAAACAAGCUGAAAAGGAGAAACAGCUGAAGGAGUUAGAGAUGGAGUUAAGAAGAGAUGCAGUUAUAGAAUUGGACAUCCAAAGACAGAAAAACCAGGAGCUGCUUCAAAAAUACCAGAAUGAAAACCAGCAACUACAAAAGAAGGUUCCUGCUAUGAUACAUUUAGCCACACAGGAGCUCCAUGAGGAGAUUGCAGUUCUGCAGGAAUGCAUUAAACAGCAGGGAGAAGCUUGUGAGAGCGCCCCCCAAAGGGAACAACAGGCACUGCAGAGGGAAGGAGAUGCUCAGCUACAGUCUGCCCUGCAGGACCUGCAACAGGCUCAGAAACAAUUACAACAGCUUAAAGAAGAGAAGACAGCCCUAGAGGAAGAGGGUCUGCCACUCACUUCCGCCGAACCGCUUCCCUCCUUGCCGAGUGUCUCACCAGUUCAUCCAAUUUCCCAGCUGACGUAUUCUUUUACGCCGACCCCUGAGCGCAGCAUCUCUACCUCUCUCACCCACCACACUUUCAAAGCAAAUGGCGUUCUUUUGUGGGAAAGAUUUUGCUGCAUUUUAAGAAUCCAUUAAAGCUGGCUAAGAUCUAACCCUGAUAUAAAAUCAAUACCUGAGGGCAUUUAACGCUUCACCUUUUAUAAAAAGCACCUUCUUGAUGUUCUUUUCCCUCCCUCUCUCUCUCGCUUUUCAUCUGCUCUUUGAGCUGCGCUUGCACUCUUCAGAGGCGUGCGAGACAUUUUUAAACUUCAGCUUGAUAUUUAUAAGGAUUUGUUGGAGAAAGGGGAGUAAUUGGUGAAGACUCUGUAACUCCUUUUUAAAACGGAAUGAUGCAAACUGCUUUUUUAAAUCAUCGAAGGCUGAGGUCCCAACAUGAAGGCUGUUUUAAAACGUUGACGGCAACAUUAUGCUUCCUUUUAAGAACAGAAUGAAAUAAUUUCCCUCAAAAUCAGAACAGGAAAUGGACAAAGAAAAAACCUGCUCAUGAGAGCCUACUUGACAUUUUUUUUUCAGUUAGGAUGUUGCUUCAGAGAGCCGUUGCAGUUACAAUAAAUUAAAGCUCUGCAAUAAAAGCAAACAUGGACUUUUAUAACAGCUCCUGCUUAAGAUGGUGCUGUGAGAUAUCAAAGUUGUAUUUUAUAUUCUCACCAAAAACAUUUUCUC